AUGUCAUCCAAGGGCCAGUCAAGUGUUCUUCAUAAAUUCAAGGGAGUCAUCUUUUCUACCAUGUCUUCAGAAGAACUUCUAAAUUCCCUGGAUUCUUUUGAGGCAAGAGAGGAUGAUGUGUUUCUGGUUUCCUAUCCAAAAUCUGGCACUCACUGGAUUGCAAAAAUCAUUGAGAACAUUCCCAAUGCUAGAAUUACCCUAACACCUCCUAUUGAAUUGGGAGACAUUUCUAAAUUCGAAGAACUAAAAACGUACUGUGAGACGAGAGUUAUUCCAACGCAUUUGAGCUACAGCAUGCUACCAAUGAAUAUUAAACAGAAACAAUGCAAGAUUAUCUACAUCAUUAGGAAUCCAAAAGAUAUAGCUGUUUCAUUCUUCCACUACUACAGGGAUAACCCUAAUCUCCCUAGCAUUGAAACCUGGCAUGAAUUUUUUGAGCUGUUCCUAAAAGGAGAUGUUGUAUAUGGAUCCUGGUUUGAUCACGUUUUAAGCUGGGAAGAACACAAAAAUGCUAAGAACAUUUUCAUUAUAUCCUAUGAAGAGAUGAAGAAAGAUCCUUCUAAAAACAUAAGGAAAAUAGCUACUUUCCUUGGUUUAAACAUGACUGACAGUGAGAUUAAUCAGAUUGUUUGGAAAACAUCAUUCACUGAAAUGAAAAAUACUACAGCCAAAGAAAACUGUGAUCCAAAUCACACCAUCUGCGCCCUCACUUCUAACAGGAACCUGGUAUUUAGGAAAGGGGCAGUGGGUGAUUGGAUAAACUACUUCACUUCAAAGCAGAAGAGAGUAUUUGAUGAACUAUUCACAGAGAAAAUGAAGCAUAGUGAACUAGCAAAACACUUUGGAGAUUACUCUUAAUAUAAAUGGGAAGUGAAACCAAUUUCCAUUUUAUGCAAGGCAGUGCUUGGGGAAUACAUAAAUAUUUUUCACCAGUGUGGAAAGCAGAUAUUUCUUGCAGUGAAAAAUGGACACCUUAUGAAAGUGUCAUGUGUGAGAGACAAUUAUUAGCCUAUUUGGGGACAGAUAAUUACUAAUAAAAGGAAGUAUACAAUUUUUGCAUGGCUGAAUUAUAUGUCUGCUUUCAGGAUGUUCAUAAGA